AGAUACUCUUUUGCAAUUACCCCAAACAAAACACACUCGUCUUCCUUGUCUCCUCAAAAACCCUAAAUCCCAAUAAUAUCUCCGUCCACGAUCACGCCGGAGAGAAAUGCUUGCGAAAGCAGCAAGAGAGCUUUCUUCAUCGAAGCUUAAACCUUUAUUCGCUCUUUCUCUCUCCUCCUUGAAAUCUUCCACAUGGACUGAAACAAACACUUCCAAUAGAUCGAAAUCACCAUUCCUCCUUCUCCUUCCGCGUUACUCUUCAACUAAUGUUCCGCCGCUUACCCGAGAUGGGAACUACAGCGAUGCCACUUCAGCCACCGUCUCCGUUUGCCCAGGCUGCGGAGUUCAUAUGCAGAACUCGAAUCCCAAACAUCCAGGUUUCUUCAUCCGACCAUCGAUCGAGAAACAGAACAGCGGUUCGGUUCUUCGUAACCUCGUACCAAUCUCACAGGAGCCCGAGAUCACCAAUUCAAUCAAACAUGGGCUUCUCGUUGAACCAAACAGUUCCGACAUAAGCCCUAAAGACGAUGAAACAGGAAGACCCUUGGUCUGCGCGAGGUGUCAUUCACUCAGACACUACGGGAGAGUUAAAGAUCCAACGGUGGAGAAUCUACUUCCGGAUUUCGAUUUCGAUCAUACGGUGGGAAGACGAUUAGGUUCCGCUUCCGGUGCUCGAACCGUCGUUCUGAUGGUCGUCGACGCUUCAGAUUUCGACGGGUCAUUCCCAAAGAGAGUCGCGAAGCUCGUGUCGAGAACCAUCGAUGAGAACAACACAGCGUGGAAAGAAGGGAGGUCAGGUAACGUCCCUAGAGUCGUCGUCGUGGUGACUAAGAUCGAUUUACUACCGAGCUCCUUGUCUCCGACGAGGUUUGAGCAAUGGGUGAGACAAAGAGCUCGCGAGGGAGGGUUAAGCAAGAUCACGAAGCUGCAUUUCGUUAGCCCUGUGAAGAACUGGGGGAUCAAGGAUAUGGUGGAAGACGUGGCGGCCAUGGCUGGGAAGAGAGGACAGGUCUGGGCUGUUGGGUCCCAGAACGCCGGGAAGAGCACUCUGAUCAACGCCGUUGGGAAGGUGUUUGGCGGGAAAGUUUGGCACUUGACGGAGGCUCCGGUGCCAGGAACGACUUUGGGGAUCGUCAGGGUGGAAGGUGUUUUGCCUUUUGAGGCGAAGCUCUUUGAUACUCCAGGGUUGCUGAAUCCGCAUCAGAUCACGACUAGGCUCACGAGAGAGGAGCAGAAACUUGUUCAGAUCAGCAAGGAGCUUAAGCCUAGGACUUACAGGAUCAAGGAAGGUUAUACGGUUCAUAUCGGUGGGCUAAUGAGACUUGACAUUGAUGAGUCUUCCGUAGAUUCUAUGUAUGUAACAGUAUGGGCGUCUUCUUCUGUUCCCCUUCACAUGGGGAAGAAGGAGAAUGCAUACAAAACACUUGAGGAACACUUCGGUUCUCGAUUGCAGCCGCCGAUUGGGGAGAAGAGGGUUGAAGAGAUGGGGAAAUGGGUGAGGAAGGAGUUCCGAGUGAGUGGGAGCAGUUGGGACGCAAGUUCAGUGGAUAUUGCUGUUUCGGGUCUCGGUUGGUUUGCUAUAGGGCUCAAAGGAAACGCGGUAUUAGGUGUGUGGACUCACGAAGGGAUUGAUGUCUUUCUCCGUGACUCAUUGGUUCCACAACGAGCGCGCACUUUCGAAGACUCUGGUUUCACUGUCUCGAAGAUCGUUGCCAAAGCUGAUAGAGAUUUUAAUAUAAAUCACAAGGAGAAACGGAGACUCAACAAGAAGUCCACUUCUUCAGAUUCUGUGUCGGACAUAGAAAAUUGCCAAGAGGUGUCCUUGUAGUAAAGUCACAGCCUUUCAGAUCUAAGUUAAGUUGUUUUAUUUUCUUUGCUUGUUGAAUUUACUUGGUUCUGUGAAUUUCACCAAGGCUGAUGUUUCUGUUUUCCUCCUAGCUUUUUUUUUUAUUCAUUAAAAAGGUUCGUUUCCCACCACGUGUUUUACGAAAAACUGUUUCUGAACGCUAGAGUUGAAUAAUCCUUUGAUUGUAGCAUCUACAAAUUUAGCUCAGUGACCGAUCGAUAUGAUAUUCCACAGGUUUGCUUGUUUGAGUCCAUAUUGGGCCGGAAUGUUGAAUCGACGGGUAAACAAGAGAGUUACCUUCCCCUCGACUCACUUGAUGCAUCAGGAUGAUGCCAUCUGUACAAAGGACGUUUGUAAGAACUAAGAACUGAGUGAAUAGAAAUCAAGAAAGUUCUUCAUUGUCCUCCAGGUUUUGGUUCUAUUCUAUUAUCAAAACAAACAUUUAUAUUUUUCUGUAGAAAAACAAAAUUUUAAAACGCAAGAACACAUAAAAGGAUGAUCAAUGAUGCAACGUCCUUGAUGAAACAUAUGUAAACAUUCAGGCAUCUUAAUGAUGUUUCCAUACAAACUGAACAUGCUGUCGCUUUUUUUUU